CCAAUAUCGUGCAAGAAUUUAUUUCUAAGAAACAAAGCGAGUAAGCCACCAUCAGCAUUCAGCAGCAGCCAACAAAAACUUGCUUCCUUCGUUCCUUCAAUUCAAUCAAUACGCAUCCAGAAGCCAUGAUAUUCGUCGAUGGCCUUCAAUUCUCUACUCAUUCAUCCUCACCAUCUCACCCUCAGAAUAAUUCGAUGAGCAUGUGAAAGGCCUGGCAUUCUUUGCUUAUGAACAGGGAAAGGAUAUUCUACUUGCUUUGCUGGAAAAUCCCAUGCUGGUAUCAGCCUCAAGCUCUUUGAAGGCUAACCCAGAGAGGAAGUUCUCAGUGUCUGAUGAGUCUGGUCCAGAGAGAUCAAAAUGGGUUUAUAUAUUCCAGAGAGAAUAUGCUACUGUUGACCCUGCCUUCGUUGAUUUUGUUGGCACUGAUGAAGCGACGACAUGUGUUGGCCUUGUUAUUCGGAACCAAAAGAAUGGAAUGACGUCAGUUGCCCAUUUGGAUUCACCAAAAAUUGUAGAAAUGGGCCUCUCUCAAAUUUUAUCAUCACUUGUUGACAACAGUUUGGAGACUGAGUUGGAUGUGCAUCUCAUUGGGGGUUUUGAAGAUGUCUCACUGCAACAUGCUAAUGGUGGCACAGUAUCAGAAAGCCCUGUACAUUUGGAUGGUCAUUCCUUUCCGUUGUGUUCAAAGAUUGUUCACACUUUAUGGUCAAGAGAGGAGAAGUUUCACAUCCGAACUAUCUGUGUUCUUGGACAUAAUACCAGAAGGGACUCCAAUGGAAACACUUACCCCUUUUUCAAUGGAUUUGUGGUGGAGACUACAACAGGAAUUAUCAUCCCAGCUAUUUUUGAUAGAACUUCUCGAUGUCCAGAUGAAAUUGUCAGAAGAAUAAGAGUAUCUGCUUCUUAUGAAGAUGCCAGCUGGAGGGGGAAGUUACUCGAAACAUAUGAUUGUAGCACUGACUGUUUCAAAAUCGCUCCUUGUUGCUGGACUAUUCGCCAAUAUCAUAUUGCUUUGUCACUUCUGAAUUAUUCUGAUUCGGAAAUUCUUUCAAUCUGUUCUACGUCACCUACUGCUGAGGCCCCAGACUUUGUGGAUAAUCUUAAAAGGCAGUGGAAUUAUUUGAUUGAGCAUCCACACUGGGCAGAAACCUUUCCCAAGAAGCAGCCUCGCGCUUUUUCAAGGAGUUCUGAUGGAAGUUGGAGAAGAUGUUGAUGACAUUCCAAGGUUGCUUGGGCUAAUCCUUUUCAAUUAUUAGAUUGCCUGAUUAUAAUGGUCAUCUAUCAUUGAACAUUUCAUUUGUCAUUAUACAUGUAAGUUAUCAAAUUGCAGUUAAUUGGCUUAGAUUCGUUUUAAACUACUAUAGUAUUUAAUUAGCACUGUCCUGAGAAAAAAUUGUUGGCGGGGACAUCAGUAGGAAUAAUGUUAAGCCAGAAGAACCAAAUAACUGAUAAGUGGAGUAGUACCACAGUGAAGAUUAGUCAUUAUUCCA